AUGGCAGGACUCCCACGGCCGGCAACUGUCGCGCCUUCUCGCAAGCACAGUAUGCGUCCACCAGUAGUAAGGCCAUCGGCUGCCAGAUCACAAUCCGCAGCCCCCCCCGGAUCUCGAAUAGACAGGUCUGGCGCAGCAUCACCCGCAGAGUCGAUCGCCUCGAUAGCCACUAGCCGCGGCGGCACCAAGCGCAAGGAGCGAGACUUUGACCACGAUGAAGAAGAGACAAAUAUAAAUGUUGUGGUGCGGUGUAGAGGGCGCAACGAGCGCGAAGUCCGCGAGAAUAGCGGAGUGGUAGUGUCUACAGACGGAGCAAAGGGAAAGAGUCUGAAGCUCUCGAUGGGACCAAGCGCACUCAGCAAUAAGACAUAUCACUUCGACAAGGUCUUUUCUUCUGCCGCGGACCAAGCUAUGAUCUACGAUGAUGUUGUAACUCCCAUUUUGGAUGAAAUGCUUGCAGGGUACAACUGCACCAUAUUCGCAUACGGACAAACCGGCACCGGCAAAACAUACACUAUGUCUGGAGAUAUGAACGAGACAUUUGGAAUGCUUUCCGAUGCAGCAGGAAUAAUACCCCGUGCCCUUCAUUCUCUCUUCCGCAAAUUAGAGAUUGACGAUGCGGAAUGCUCUGUCAAAUGCUCAUUCAUCGAGCUAUACAACGAAGAACUUCGCGAUCUGAUUUCCCCAGACGAUAUUGCCAAGCUCAAGAUAUACGACGACAACAGCAAAAAGGGCCAUUCGAGCACGAUCGUCCAGGGCAUGGAAGAAUCGCAUAUCAAGAGCGCAACCGAAGGAAUCAAGCUUCUUCAAGCAGGAAGUCACAAGCGCCAAGUUGCAGCAACUAAAUGCAAUGAUCUGAGUAGUCGAAGUCACACAGUGUUUACAGUGACAGCGUACGUCAAGAGGACUGCUGAGAAUGGCGAGGACUAUGUCAGCGCGGGAAAGCUCAAUCUUGUCGAUUUGGCAGGUAGCGAGAACAUUCAACGAAGUGGUGCGGAGAACAAAAGGGCAGCUGAGGCGGGCCUGAUCAAUAAGAGUUUGUUGACUCUUGGCCGCGUGAUCAAUGCCCUGGUCGAUCGAAGUAUGCAUAUUCCAUACCGCGAGUCGAAACUUACCAGACUGUUGCAAGACUCGCUUGGUGGACGGACAAAAACUUGCAUUAUUGCUACGGUGUCUCCCGCCAAAAGUAAUCUGGAGGAAACGAUCUCUACAUUAGACUAUGCGUUCCGAGCGAAGAACAUCCGCAAUAAACCUCAGGUCAACCAAAUGAUCAACAAGAAAACACUAUUGAAAGAGUUUACCUUGGAGAUUGAAAGAUUAAAGGGUGAGCUGAUUGCAACCCGACAGCGUAAUGGCGUGUACCUGUCGAAUGAAAGUUAUGAGGAGAUGACUGUUGAGAGCGAAUCGCGGCGCAUUCUCUCUGAGGAACAAGGGGCCAAAAUCGAAACAAUGGAAAUCAACCUACGUAAUAAAGUCCAGGAACUUUACGCUCUAACUUGGAAUUUUAUGACUUUGAAGAAGGAAAACGAUGGGACGAAACUGGUCCUUGAUGAGACACAAGGUGUACUAGCGCAGACUGAGUUUGUCCUGGAAAACACCCGUCAAAGUCUGGCUGAGGAGACCGUGCUCCGCAAAGCACAUGAAGAAACAGAAGAUCAACUUAAUACCAUUGGCACGAAGCUCUUAUCUACUCUAGGCAAGACAGUCCAUGAUGUGGACGAACUUCACUACAAGAACAGACGGAAAUCGGAUCUCCAGUCGCUAAACAGAAACACAUGGAACUUGUCGCAAGCACAAGUGUCGGAAGUCACCAGCAUGGUCGAAUCGAGAGUUGACGAGUUUCGAUCUCAACAGCAAGAGUUGAUGGCAUCUGUAUCCACUAGAAUGCAAUCCUUCGUCCAGGGCGAGCUGGAAAAGCUAUCUAAUACACAGUCCUUUCUAGAAGAGAACAUAUCUGCUUUCGAAGCAUCCGAGAAGGAAGUCUCCCAACAAACGGAGUCAUCCAAGGAUGAGAUGGACACAGUGCUUGAGGAGAUAAAGACAGUCCGAGAAGAUGUCAAAACGCGAGUUGGGCGAGGCCUUCAAGGCAUGUCUGAUGCCGCGGAACGUAUUUCUGCAGAAGUUGUCAGUGAGCUUGGCAUUUUCCACACCGAGCUUCAUACAUCCUACAGCUCGCUCGGUCGCGACUUCAAGGGCUUGUUUGAGGACCUACUGAAACACGUCAAUGCCCAAAAAGCUGAAGCAAAUGAACUACGAACGCAGUUGACUACAGCAAGCGAACUUGCUAUGCAGUCCAACGCUGCAGUUGCUUCACGACUAGAUGAAGUUCUCAAGGAGGAGCGAGACCAAGCUGCUCUUGACCGCCAAAACUUGCUAUCACAAAUCACGAGUCUUGUUGUGGCUCAGGGAGAGACGCAAGACGCACGCUUGGGUGCGAAGAUUGAAGUGGUCCGUAAAGAUGUUACGUCUUCGAAGGAUAUCUUUGAGGCGUCACAGACGCAAUACAGCAAGGGAAUGGACGCCUGGAACGAAAAAGAAGGCAAGCUCGUGGAUGAUAUUCUCAUAUCACGAGAAACACUGAAGAGUAAAUUGAAGGAAGACUGGCAGGCUGCCAACAAGCAUAAUUCAUCUCUUCAACUCGCUACGAAUUCAGUUCAUGAUGAGACAGUUCGUAUUGUCGACGAACAAAGGAAAGAUAUCGAUACCCAGAUGCAAGCCCUCGAUGACUUUGUUACUCGCGCGCGAUCUCAAAAUACCAAGCAUCACGACGAUCAUGUCCGAUCACUGGGCGGACUCUCUGCUACUGUUAAGUCCUCGUAUGGCAACAUCGGCACUCACUUUACCUCAACUUACGAACGAGUCCAAGACCUGGGUGACGAGAUGUCAAUAAAGACAAACGCACUGGAGGAUUCUCUAGCACCUUUGGACUCAAUCCUGCAACAACCUCUCAUCGAUCUCCGGUCAAAGAUCGCAGAAACAACCUUGCAAGAAUACCAAUCAACAGGCGAGACGCCCCAAAAAGUCCAAUACCAAUAUCCAACAGAGCUACCUAGGACACAACCUCACGAGAGCUUACUUGCUGCCCUUCGUCGCCCUGCAAACGCAAGUCCCAGCAAACCGCAAAUGGUCCCCGUUAUCUUCAACGAUGCCAUGGAUGAUAAUACCACAAUCACAACCGCCAUACCGCUCUUCUCUCGGUCUCUGUCAGAAUCAACCGAUACCAGACCCGUCACUGCAGGCGGUCUGCGCGAAUUAGACGUCAACACCCACACUUUAAACCUCGACCUCCAAACCGUCUCCAGUUCCGGUAAUUCCGGCGACAGCACGAAAGAAACGCUUCCAAUCUUCAAAAGAAGUGUCAGUGGUAAGUUACCUGUUCUAAGGAGCGGUCAGAAGAGCGCGAAUGCGAGUGUCCAUGUCGUGCCGGCUGAGGGGAGGGAGAACAGUGCGGUUCCGAUGCUAGCGCAGCAGAGUACCGGUCGAAGAAGAAGUCCAAGGACGGGAUGA